GGGUAUUUGUAACAAUAACGAACAGUCAACAAAACUUAUGAAUGUUUAUAAUGCGUUAAAGCUUAGCAUUUUUAUUUCAAUUAAAAAACAGUUCAGCAUCCAAAAAUUUUCAAGUAAUAGAUCAAAUUAAAGUAAAUAUUUUUCUAGUUUUUUUUUGUAUUGUUAUAUCUUUUAAAAUGACUGAAGAAUCUACUGAACCUGUUGCAGAUACAGAUACGCAAGAGUUCAAGCUCGAUGAGCAAACAGAGCUCCGCUUUGAAGUUGAGCCCAAAUGUACUAUUACCCUAGAAUUAAAAAAUGGUACAGCUGAAAUUUUCGGUACUGAGCUCGUUAAAAAUAGGAAAUUCGCUUUUUCUUCUUGCGAAAAAGUAGCAGUAUUUUCUUGGCAUGGAUGUACGCUGGAACUAACCGGAAAACCUGAAGUUGCAUAUGUUGCUCAAGAAACGCCCUCUGUAUUUUACAUAAACAUUCAUGGAGCUUUGGAACAAAUGCGAGUCAAAGCUGAGAAGGACGAUUCUAAAGGACCCGUUGUGUUGGUAGCUGGGCCAUCUGACGUUGGCAAAACUACGCUCUGCCGUAUUUUAUUAAACUAUGCAGUUCGAUUGAACCGAAGACCAGUAUUUGUUGACUUGGAUGUUGAACUAUCGUCUAUAUCAAUACCUGGAACUGUUGCUGCCCUUCCUGUUGAAAGAGUUGCUGAUGUCGAAGAAGGAUUUUCUUUAACUGCCCCUAUAGUAUAUCACUAUGGGCAUACUAAUCCUAGCACUAAUAUUAUGCUAUAUAAUACUUUAGUAUCACAGUUAUCUGCUGUGGUAUCAACUAGAGCCUCUCAUAAUAGUAGAGCAAAUGUAAGUGGAACUAUAAUUAACACGGGUGGCUGGAUUAAAGCAGAAGGUUAUCAAGCUCUGAAACACGCUGCUAAGGCUUUCGAAGUCGAUGUGAUAUUGGUUAUUGAUCAAGAGCGAUUGUAUAAUGAACUAGUCCGUGAUAUGCCUAAGUUUAUUCAAAUUGUGUUCGUGCCCAAGUCUGGCGGCGUUGUCGAACGUAGUGUGCAAGCUCGUGCCGAGGCACAAGAUAGUCGUAUUAGGCAAUAUUUUUAUGGAUUGAGGACUCACUUGUAUCCACAUUCUUUCGAUGUCAAGUUCUCGGAGAUGAAAGUGUUUAAGAUUGGUGCACCAUCGUUGCCUGACUCUUGCAUGCCGAUGGGAAUGAAGGCGGAAGAUAAUAGAACCAAACUAGUUCCGGUACAAACUGGUCUAAACCUGUUGCAUCAUAUUUUGAGUAUCAGCUUUGCUGAUAAUGCUGGUGAUGAUGUCGUGACUACUAAUGUUGCCGGUUUUAUUUGUGUUACUAAUGUUGAUGUUGAACGUCAAGUUGUUACUGUUUUAUCGCCGCACCCAAGACCUUUGCCUAAAAAUAUUUUUUUAAUAGGUGAUAUUCAGUUUAUGGAUGCUCGUUGAAAAUGUUUCUGUUAACUGUCUGAUUGUUACAGUUUUAUCACCGAGACUCAAGACAGCUGCUUAAAAUUUUUUUUUAAUGUGUGACAUUCAGUUAUUGAUGCCCAUUAUUGUUGUGUUUCUAUUUUUUGUAACAAAUUUUUUAAAGUAAUAAAUUUUUAAAAAGCAGA